CAACGCGGCAGUGCCUAUAAAACGCACCCUCCGCACGUCCGUUGUUUCCUACCAUUUCCGCUCCUUGUAACAGCUGACUUCGGGGCGAUGGCUAUCGCUGCCGCUUUCCUCUACUCUCACUCUCUCUCCUCUUCGUCUCUUGCUCUCCGCCUCUCCAAGUUUUCCGGCCCAGGGCUGGCCCUCUCCCACUCCCUCCGGGUGGGGAUCGCCAAGCCCUUCCCCUUCCUCCAUGGAUCGAUCGCGUCAAGCAGCAGCGAGCUUAUUGGAAAGAUCCGUGGGAAUGGUUCUCGAUCUUCUAUCGAUUUAGCAGGUGCAUUGGGAUCUUCCUCGUCGAUGUCUGACCAAGAUACUGAUGUAGUUCCAAUGCCAAUGGUGUUGAUAGAUCAAGAUUCAGACUCUGAUGCGACAAUCGUGCAGCUUAGUUUUGGGGACCGUCUGGGAGCACUUCUUGACACGAUGAAGGCACUCAGAGAUCUGGGCCUGGAUGUGGCCAAGGGAACUGUAACAACUGAGGCUUCUGUUAUACAGACAAAAUUUUUCAUUAUGCGAUCGGGACGGAAGGUUGAGGAUCCUGCUAUGUUAGAAAAAAUUCGGCUUACAAUUAUCAACAAUCUUCUUAUGUACCACCCAGAAUCUAGUGAGAAGCUGGCAAUGGGCGAGUUUUUUGGAGUAAAACCUCCAGAGAAGAAGCUUGAUGUUGACAUUGCAACACAUAUAUUUGUUCAAGAUGAUGGACCGAAGAGGAGCUUACUUUACAUUGAGACUGCUGACCGACCUGGGUUAUUGCUGGAGAUAAUCAAGGUCAUAGUAGACAUAAAUAUUGACGUGGAAUCAGCUGAGAUUGAUACUGAAGGACUGGUUGCCAAGGAUAAAUUCCAUGUAAGCUACAGAGGUGCAGCACUGAACAGCUCCUUAUCACAGGUGUUGACCAACUGUCUGCGCUACUACCUUAGAAGGCCUGAAACAGAUGAAGGCAGCUAUUGAUGCCUUGUUCCGGUAAAAUUCAGGACCCAUAAUUGGUGCAGGUCGCCUUCCAUUGUUCCAGAGAACUGAUUUUCUGUAGUUACGGGGCCCACGAGGCACUCUUCCUGUUACAUCCUUUGCCGAAAUCUGUAUAAUGUCUGAGAAAUGCAUUCUAAUCGAAUCUUGUGAAUGAUGGUUCGUCUUCCAUUUUGAGCACUGGUAGGUUCAACAUAUUUGUUGCUUUGGAGAUGUAUGAUUUGUUAAACCUCAUUCUGGUUCGGCUGCUGUGGGGCCUUUCCUUUU